AUGUUCCUAAUUGGCAGGAUUGUGUUCUUUGCGAUCGGUUAUCGAAUCUUCAGAGCAUUCUAUGAUUUAUAUUUUCAUCCCUUGACUGGAAUUCCGGGACCAAAACUCGCUGCGAUUACCUACCUAUAUCAAACAUACUACAGUCUCUUCGUUGGAGGGAGUAGAUUUUACAUCCAGAUCGGAAAGCUGCAUGAGCAAUACGGACCUGUCGUCCGAAUAACGCCAGACGAAGUCCACCUCAGCGACCCCGAGAACUAUGACUCUAUAUACUACAUCGGAUCCAAAUACGCCAAAGUAGAACAAUACUAUGCAAGCAUGUCAUGCGGCUACUCCAGCUUCACCACCAUGUCCAAUGAAGCUCACCGCAUCAAGCGCGCACGUCUCAACCCCUUCUUCUCUAAGAAGAAAAUCAUCGAAUUCGAAUCUAUCAUUCAAUCCAACGCUAAGAAACUGUGUGAUCUCGUAGCGCGCAAAUUCGAGGAAGGAGAAGAGAUGGAUUUGCAUCAUGGGUAUAGAGCUGUAUCUGUGGAUGUCAUUACCGAUAUUGCGUUCAAUCAGUGUUAUAAUUUACUCGAUAGGAAGGAUAUCGGCGAGGAGUUUUUCACCCUGUUCGAGAAAAUGGGGUCUACGAUGUGGGUAUUUCAACAGUGGCCAUUUUUCAUGAGGAUGGCAGAAUCAUUGCCGCCGAAAUGGGGUGCGAAGAUGAGUGGACCGCUGGCGCAGGUAUUUCGAAUUCAGAAUCAUUGCAGCGAAGCAAUUGCCAGCGUCGAGGUAGAUAUCGCUGCGGGAAAUAAGUCUGCCGCUCGACAAACGAUUUUCCAUGAUCUUCUGACUCCAGAUCCAGAACAAGGAUGGGUUGUACCACCAGAAGUCCAUCUUCGUGAUGAGGCUUUUGCUAUCUUGGGAGCGGCUGCUGAUACGACGGGGAAUGCGAUGAAUUUUGCUACUAUUGAAGUCACUAAUGAUCCGGUCAUGUACAAGCGACUCUGUGAUGAAUUGAGGGAAGCGUUUCCUAAUCCGAAUGCUAAGCCCGACUUUCUGACUUUGGAGAAGUUGCCUUUCUUGACGGGAGUGAUCAAAGAAGCAUUCCGACUUUCUUUCGGCUCUCCUGGGAAACUUUCGAGAGUGGUUCCAGAAGGAGGCGCAACUUUCAAUGGGCACUUCCUCCCAGCCGGAUCUUUCGUCUCGAUGGGAACAUGGGAACUUCACCACAACGAAACAUACUUCCCCAACGCCACAAAGUUUGAUCCGGACCGAUGGGCCGACCCCGCUAACGUAAAACAUAUGGAAAAAGCCUAUGUGCCGUUUGGGAGAGGGACCAGGAUGUGUAUCGGCAUUAAUCUGGCAUAUGCAGAAUUGUAUGUCGUGCUAGGAAAUAUGUUCAGGAGAUUCGAUAACAUGAGACCGAAUGAGUUGAAACCCGAGGAUAGGGUGUACAAUGAUUAUAUCUCGGCGAGAGUCCCGCUUACGGCGACGAGAUUUCACGUUAGUGCUGGGGAGAAGGUUGGGUGA